AUGCCUUCCGCAGAGACAAAACCGAGAACCUUGUAUGACAAGGUUUUCGCUGACCACAUUGUCAACGAGCAAGACGAUGGCACUUGCCUGCUUUAUAUCGACCGCCAUCUUGUCCACGAGGUGACCUCUCCUCAGGCUUUUGAGGGUCUCACAAAUGCCAGCCGCAAGGUCCGCCGGCCGGACUGCACUCUGGCGACUGUUGACCACAACAUCCCCACCUCCUCUCGCAAGAACUUCAAGAACGCCUCCGACUUCAUCAAGGAGAACGACUCGCGUCUCCAAUGUACCACCCUCGAGGAUAAUGUCAAGAACUUCGGCCUCACCUACUUCGGUAUGGGCGACAAGCGCCAGGGUAUCGUUCACAUUAUCGGUCCCGAGCAGGGCUUCACUCUGCCCGGAACUACCGUCGUCUGCGGUGACAGCCACACCUCCACCCACGGUGCCUUCGGUUCCCUCGCCUUCGGUAUCGGUACCAGUGAAGUCGAGCACGUUCUCGCUACCCAAACACUCCUUACCCGCCGAAGCAAGAACAUGAAGGUUCAGGUUGAUGGAGAGCUUCCUCCCGGUGUUACUAGCAAGGACGUUGUUCUCCACAUCAUUGGUGUCAUUGGAACUGCUGGUGGUACCGGCGCUGUCAUUGAGUUCUGCGGAUCCGUGAUUCGUGGCCUCAGCAUGGAAGCCCGUAUGUCCAUGUGCAACAUGUCCAUUGAGGGUGGUGCUCGUGCUGGUAUGAUUGCCCCCGAUGAGAUCACUUUCGAGUACCUCAAGGGCCGUCCCCUGGCUCCCAAGUACGGCAGUGCCGAGUGGAAGAAGGCCGUCAACUACUGGUCUACUCUGAAGACCGACCCCGGUGCCAAGUUCGACACUGAGAUCUACCUUGACGGCAAGGAUAUCAUUCCUACCAUCUCCUGGGGCACUUCCCCUCAGGAUGUUAUUCCCAUCAACGGAGUUGUCCCCAGCCCCGAUGACUUCGAAGACGAGAGCCGCAAGCUCGCUUGCAAGCGUGCUCUUGAGUACAUGGGUCUCACCUCUGGUACUCCCAUGAAGGAGAUCCCUGUCGACAAGGUCUUCAUCGGAUCUUGCACAAACGCCCGUAUUGAGGAUCUGCGCGCCGCUGCCAAGGUUGUCAACGGCAAGAAGAUUGCCUCUAACAUUCUCCGCGCCAUGAUCGUCCCCGGUUCCGGUCUGGUCAAGGAGCAGGCUGAGGCUGAGGGUCUGGACAAGAUCUUCACCGAUGCUGGCUUUGAGUGGCGCGAGGCUGGUUGCUCCAUGUGUCUGGGUAUGAACCCCGAUAUUCUCUCCCCCAAGGAGCGUUGUGCCUCCACCUCCAACCGCAACUUCGAGGGUCGCCAGGGUGCUCAAGGCCGCACUCAUCUGAUGUCUCCCGCCAUGGCCGCCACUGCUGCCAUUGUUGGCAAGCUUGCCGACAUUCGUGAGCAUGUCGUCGCCAGCCCCGUCAUCGCCAAGGUUCAGCCUGUUAUCGAGACUCAGCCCGCGGCUGACUCCCCCGAGACCGAGGAUGAGCUUGACCGUGUCCUCGACCUUCCCGCUGAUAACGAGCCCCACACCAACACCUCCGCUGUUGGCGGCGGCAGCAGCACCGGCCUGCCCAAGUUCACAACCCUGAAGGGUAUCGCCGCGCCUCUGGAUCGUUCGAACGUCGACACCGACGCCAUCAUCCCCAAGCAGUUCUUGAAGACCAUCAAGCGAACUGGACUCGGUGUCGCUGCCUUCUACGAGCUUCGCUACGACCCUGCCACCGGCAAGGAGAACCCCGACUUCAUCUUGAACCAGGGCAUCUACCGCCAAUCUAAGAUUCUGGUCGUCACUGGCCCCAACUUCGGCUGUGGUAGCUCCCGAGAGCACGCCCCCUGGGCUCUGCUCGACUUCGGCAUCAAGUGCAUCAUCGCCCCCUCCUUCGCCGAUAUCUUCUUCAACAACACCUUCAAGAACGGCAUGCUUCCUGUCCCCAUCACCGACGAAGCCGCUCUGGCCAAGAUCGCCGCUGAGGCUCACGCCGGUCGCGAAGUUGAGGUCGACCUUGUCAACCAGGAGAUCAAGGACUCCGAGGGCAACAAGAUCGCCUCCUUCGAGGUCGACAGCUUCCGCAAGCACUGCCUCGUCAACGGCCUCGAUGACAUUGGUCUCACUCUCCAGAUGGAGGGCAAGAUCCGCACCUUCGAGACCAAGCGCAGCCUCGAGACUCCCUGGUUGGAUGGCAGUGGCUACCUCAAGCGUGACAACCGCGGCGCUACCCGCAUCGACGCCGCUCCUGUUCCUAAGACCAACCGUGGUGAUGUGAAGAGCGAGCCCCUCGAGUGGUAA